AUGACCGACUACGAUCCCACCGAUGACACGUCACAACUCUCAGGCAUCGACACCGGCGAAGAUGAAUCGGACGAAGACCCAGUUGAGACUCUGGUCGCAGGUCGAGAGCGACGAAAGACAGCAGGCAACCGAUAUGACAGAGGCAUGGUUCUAGAAGAAGCGGCAGCUGAUGAAGACCCGGAUGAGGUUACACUGCUCUUUGCGGACAACGAAGAAGAAGAGGAUGAAGAAUUCAAAAGUAGCGAUGAGGAUGAAGAUGCCGACAUGUCAUCAAGCGACGACGAUGAUCAAGGCCCAAACGCUCCGGUCGAUGAUCUGGAAGGAGAGAAAGAAUUACAAAAACAGGUUAGAGAAGAACGAGCGAAGAAGCGCAAGGCGGGCCUCGCACUUACGAGUACGGCCGGGUUAAGAAAGAAACUGAAGACUGGUCCUACUCGACCGGCUGCCGCCUCCCCUCAACCGAAGCCGUCCAAGAAAAAGGAACGAGUGACCUGGAUCCAUGAUCAGGACUCUGGCCGAAGUUCAUUGCGAAAGCAGACGAUUGCCCAUCGAGCUGAGACGAUUGCCCGACUCAAAGAGAGCGAAGCCCAAAGCAAAAAGCUAAAGGCGUUGAAGGAACAGAGAGAAAGGGAACGAGCCAAAGACGCCCCUAAGGAACUGACCCAAGCCGAUCGUCUAGCCGAAGCUGCCAGAGUGGAAAGACAAAAUGCAAGGAGUCUCAACCGAUGGGAGGCAAUGGAGAAGAAGAAGCAGGAAGAACAGGCUGCCAAGCUGGCAGCAUUGAAGAAUAGGAAACUAGAGGGGCCGGUUGUGAGCUGGUGGAGUGCUAAAGCCACAUGGGUCGGAUCAAAACUAAUUAAGAUCGGGACAAAAGAUGCUGGGGAUGUGAUGGAAGGAGGUGCAGAAACCAAAAGGCGCGGCCGAAAAUCAAAGGCAUUUCAAGAACAGAUGCCAGCAGUCAAGUCUGUCGAUCUGCCAUCGUCGUCGACGGAGCAGACAAAUGGGACGUGUUCAUUACCGCCCCCCGCGUCGACGUUGGACCAGUCCAAGGAACCCAUUCUAGAUAAGAAACCGGACGUCACCGCCGUGCCGGAAGAAUCGCAACAGCCACAAGUACCACUUGCUCCUGCACUGGAACCAGAAGAUUCUUUCCUGAAGGGGAUUCACGAGCACAUAACCAUACAAGGAAAUAACAAUGAGCCGGAUAAGGAUCGAACUAGUCCUUCUCCCAACCCGAAUACCCAAAAAGAUAACGAGAAGAGUCUAGCGUCGCAGCCAGCCUCCAGUGGCAACCCGGAUAACACGGUGCAAGAGGCCCAGACCAAUCCCAGUCCGCAAAUAUCAGUCGAGUCUGUCAAAAAUGGUACGAUUAAGACUGAAACUCCAGACCCAGACCAAUCGCAAGCACCGAUUAUUGUUGAACUUGCAUCCGAACCCACACCUGCACCCGAACCAGUUGUGGAAUACUCGACACGAAACCUGGUCAUAUUGGAAAAGUUCGACGAGCUUUCCGGCGAGUCGAGACAAGAAUAUGGUCUAUUCUACAACAAUCGCAAGACAGCCAAACCAGUGAAACACAGUCAAGAGUUGUGUCCAAUCACGACUCUGCCUGUCCGAUACAGAGAUAAGUCGACAGGCAUCGGUUAUGCUAAUGUGACGGCGUACAAAAAGCUUCAAGAAUUGAAAGAACAUCGGUUCGCAUGGAGCAGUAUGCUCGGGUGCUAUGUCGGUCGAAUUGGAGGAGUUGUAGCCCGGGGUGUGCCAGAAGGGUUUGUGUAA